GACCCAAACGGCAGACCUCUCUUUUGCGCCCAGACACUCAACCAUUACCUUCGCAGGUGCCUCUUCCCUGCCUUGCAUUACCGUGCCGUGAAGAGCCUCAGCGAUGGCGGGGAACAGAACGCGCGGGUCCGGCUACGGGUCCGUGGGAGGUGCAGCUGGCGAGGAAUACCGAGCAGUGGCUGACCUACCUGGCUCUUCCGGACCCAGCAGCAGGCAGCAGCAAUGGCCGUGGUUACGGCUGGGCGUCGCCUCGGUCGCCGUCGUCGCGAGCGUGGGCUUGCUCAGCGCGUCCCGGCUGCCCAGCUUCACCGCUCCUGCUGCAGGAGACCAACUGAUCGAUCCCGCGUCCGGCGGCGGCAACCAGAACCUGGCGCAAGACGCCGCAACAACAGCAGGAAGUGAUGCACCGCAUUUGUCCGGCGGCACAACGGGAGCGGCGGGAGGCGACAGCUCGGGGGAGGGGCUCUCCUUUAUUGCGUCGAACGAGUACACGCGGCGAGGCGAUAUCAUUGGGCUGGGCUACCCUUGGCUCCAGGACCGGAUUCUGGUGGAGCCCUUCCGAACCACGACCCUGGAGGUGGUCUCUCCGAAGGAAGGGAUGGUGUACUCGUGGACGGUCAGGCCGGUGACCGAGGUCGAAGAACAGGAUGAGACGCCCGCGGAGUACGGGGGGCCGUCGGUCGAUGUGGUGUUCGAGCGGGCGCCCAAGUACCAGGUGGUUCUUGAGGAGCGGGCGAGCGGGACCGGUGGGGGGGACACCGGGGAGGAGGCGCCAUUGAUCCGGAGCUCGGAUGUCGAGGUCUUCAGCAAGUACGUGCGGAGAGAGAUCAGGUCGCUCUUCGACGACGAGCGGGACCAGAUGUUCGACGCCAUGAAGGUGCUGUGGGACGUGGACAUCGACGAAGGGAAGGUGUUGUACGGACCGGACUACCUGGAUGUGUGGACCAUCGAUCAGUUCCACCAGAUCGGAGCGUCGGACCUUGAGUGCGAUCACCUUCACGACGGCAUCGGGUUCGGCAUCACUCACUCCAUGGUGACGAUGAUGUUCGAGAACAGCCUGCAGCUGGUGAACCCCAUGCUCAGCUUGCCCUACUGGGACUUCACGAUCGAGGGCGCCGUGAUCGACCGCGAGUUCGGCGGCGACUACACCAGGCUGACGGAGGCCUCUCCCCUGUGGACUGCGGACUGGUUCGGCGGCGUCGAUAAGAAGGAUUAUCAGGUGAAGGAUGGGCGCUGGGGCUCCGUUCCGGUGCCCAUUGUCGACGAAGACGAGCGCAACUUCCUGGGUGCGGACGUCUACGGACGGAUGCGGUCUCCCUGGAACGUCAACUCCCGGCCCUACCUGACGCGCGGGCUGGGAGAGAUGUGCGGGCUGGACAGCACGGAGUUUUACUCUUGGCCUGGAUGUUCUAGCCACUACGACCUCCAGGACAAGUUCAACUCGUACUACGGCUACACGUGGUGGUCUCAGUACGGCCCCCACGGUCCCGUCCACGUCUGGGUUGGCGGCAACGUCGACUGCAAGAAAAACCUCGACAAGGUGAUGGCCAUCGUGGGAGAGGAGUACCGGUUGAGUAUGUCCGGGUACCUGUUCGUGAAGCGCAAGGACAUGUUCCGCGACGCCGUGUUCAAGUGCCGGGGCUUCGCAGACUUCAGCGUGUCGGAAGAGGACAUCAUGACCAGCGGGCAAUGCGGCUGCCUGGACUACGACCUCCACGAGGGCGACGACUACAAGAAGGUCUGGACCGCGUUCACAUCGUUCUACACGUUCGACCAGGAGUUCACCGAGGAGGAGAUGAGGAUAUUGGCCAUGCAGUGGUGCAACGGAGAGGUCGGGAUGGGCGAGUCCUCCCAGUCGAGCAGCCCGCUCGACCCCACCUUCUGGUCCAUGCACCCGACCAUGGAACGACUCUUAGUUUUCAAGCUCCUCGCUGGAACUUUCACUGACUACUCUUGGCCCGACGAAGUGGGGACGUGGGUUGGCAUGGACGGUGUCGAGUACGACGUCAUUAUCUCGACGCGCUCUGAUACGUGCAACGGUCACCGAGGCAGCGACAUCUUCCCGUACGACAUCAUGACCGACGUCAUCACGCCGCAGUUCACCUUCUACGGCAAGAAGGCGCCGAACACGAUGAAAAACCGGAUGCUUAUCAAGCUCUUCGACCCUAGCGAGAACGCCCUGCCCUUCAUCUACGACAACUUCGAGUGGUCGCACUGUUCCGAAAUGGGCUACGACUUCUCGGACUUCUUCGACACGAGCACCAUGAAGUCCGGCCCCAAGGGCACCGCAGCUUCCGACGAGGAGAAGAGCGAGUCCACCCGCGUCGAGGGCUUCGGGCUAUUCAAGCAGGGUGACAUCCACCUGCAACCAGGCUUCGACCCGCCCGUGGCGGUGAAGAAGAUCCUCGUGGAGCGAGAGGAGAGGGCCAAGCAGCAGCAGCAGCAGCAAGAAGAGACGAAGCACGUCUGAGUAGGAGUCAUCCGGGUCUUUCGGCGGUGGCGGUGUGUAUCUUUGUUCCGGGCCAGCCGCUGGCGCGAAAAGCUGUUCGGGGCUUGCUUGGAAAUGAUUUUCGUGUCUCGCUACACCCACCAUGGUUUUGAUGAUGCCAUGCGAGGGUUGCGGUGGGGGGCCUGGUAAAAAGGCGAUGGGCACGGCACGGAAGUUUGAUCUUUCUGUUGUUUCUGUUGCCGUGUGAUCUCGUUUCUAUAUUUAGUUCGUGCUAUUCCGCGCGCUUCUUACCGUUUUGUGUGUCCUUGUGUCCCAGGCCUUCUUGAUGCCAGCGGUCUCUCGUGUUUGGGGCUCCUACACCCCGUCGUCUGUUGAGAACAGCUUUGGACUUUCGAAGCAGUAGUCAUCAUUUCUGAGCGGGGAGAGCUCCAUGUGUCAGGAGGACGGAAAGGAGCGGCCCUGCUGCUAGUGCUAUGUAGCAAGAGUUGGAUUUUGAGUGGUAAUGUCCCAUUCGUAAUUAUUUUUCUUAUGUAGCGUAUCAUACUUUCUUUCUUUGAUAUUGUCAUGCAUAAUACAAGUAACCGGUUGGCUUUGUGGUCGUUUGUCUUGUUGGAGUGUGAGCAGGUUUUGUGGGGUUGGUUCUCGCCGAGAGCGGCCUUGGUUAUUGUUUGCCUGUUCUGUGUUGGUGUUAGGCAUCCCGGUGAUUGGUGGGUGGUGCUCGUUUUUGCUUUUCCUAUGUAGCAUAGGAGUUUUGUAUCUUGAGGUCAUGCUUUCACGCGUUUCUCGUCUCGGACGGCUCGCGUGCUUUUUUGUGUGUUGGUUGCGAGACCGUCGUCUGUCGACGUCGUUCUCGCACUCUUGUAGCGACUGGUUCUACUGCUGUUGUUGCUGCUGCCGGUGUCGCAGCAAGUUGGGUGGGAAAAGGCGUGCGGAGGUAGGCUCCACACUGCUUGCUUUCGUUUUUCACGGUCACCGAACGAUUUGCGUCUCCGUACGUUCGAGGGGGGCGCGGGCGGGGUUCAGAUUCGGGAAAAUCCCGCGUGAAAUGCCCAUGGUCUUCAAUUAUUUUGACGCUGCUCUCGGCUGGAGUGUAGUGGGCGCUUCGUUUUGCAUCCGAUAGGUAUCAUCACCGCUGGAGGCGGCGUGCGUGAUGCUGGAAUCGGGAACAUUCGCCUCUAUUGGAGAGCCCGGAGCGAGUUGUCCCGCAACCCUGACCAAAACACCCUGACUCUAAACACCCUCCCACAGGGAGCAGGUAAAACAGUGUCGACGCCUCCUGCGGUGGACGGGGGUUGCUAACUCUAUUUGCGGGUGGGCGAAGCACGAUACCCGGCGUCUGGAUAAAUGACGGUAUAAACUC